CAGCUGCACCUUAACAGUACAUCGCUCCGAGGCUCGACGCAUUUCUACCUUACAUCUCUGUAUAUUAUCUUUCUAGGAAGACGUGAACGACUGGAAACUACGUCCUUCACGUUUUGGCCGUAUACCAUGGGCUAUAUACCGCAGCAAGCACUGUACAACUUGAAAAAGUACUCUUAUAAGGGCGUAGACCACUCAAUAGUCUCCCGAUACAUUCUCAACCCCUUCUGGAAUUGGUUCGUAACAUUAUGGCCUCUGUGGGUUGCACCCAACGUCAUAACCCUCACGGGUCUCUCUCUUGUCUUCUGCAACUUUGCGACGCUUCUCUAUUACGACCCUGGCUACUUGACUGAGAAAGACGGGGCGGGAGCGAUCACCGUCGGUCCUCCGCAAUGGGUGUACUUUACGUGGGCUGUGGGUCUGUUCCUGUACCAGACUCUCGACGCGAUCGACGGUAAACAAGCCAGGCGAACUGGCAUGGCCGGCCCCUUGGGCGAGAUGUUCGACCAUGGAUGCGAUGCGAUGAACACAACACUCGAAGUCAUCCUUGCCUCGAGGGCCCUUAACCUCGGCCGCUCAUGGUGGACCGUCGCUUCCCAGAUCGCCACCUUGGCUAACUUCUACCUCACGACGUGGGAGGAAUACCAUACCGGACAGCUGUACCUCGGCGUGUUUUCCGGCCCCGUGGAAGGCAUCCUCAUGAUUGUCGUGAUUUAUAUGGUCAGCGGCGUCUACGGACCCGCAUUUUGGGACACACCGAUCCUCAGUGUUCUUCCUGGAUUCAUUACGCGCGCACCCCCGAUUGCCCCUCUCCUGCAAUACGUGCCCAAGAACUUGGGACUAAACGACGCAUUCAUGAUCUUCGGUGGCCUCGCCCUGGCAUUCAACAUCCUCACCUCGUACAUCAACGUCUACCGCUCCCGCGCCGCCAUCCAGGGGGCGCGUUUCCGCCCCCUCCUCUUCCUCCUCCCCUUCCCCACUUCCGUCGCGCUCAACCUCCUCUGGCUCUCCACCCCCAGCAUCCACGAGUCCAGCAUAGUGUACUCAAGCUUGUUCGUCCCCUUCCUCUGCGCGUGGGGCCUGCAGUUUGCGCGCCAGGUCGGCAAGAUGAUACUAGCGCACGUUACGAGCCAGCCGUUCCCGUGGUGGGACUGGAUGUGGGUGUGGUGCGCUGUCGGGGCCGCAGAUGUCAAUUUGCCUAGGAUAUUAGGAAGGCCACCCAUUAUCCAGAAAGACCCGAAGAGCCUGCAGUGUUUCGUCUAUGCCACUGUGGCCCUCUCCGGCCUCCUAUAUGCCCGCUUUUGUAUCCUCGUCAUACGCGAAAUCACGAACUUCCUCGGGAUCGCGUGCUUUACUGUCCGGAAAAGGGACGAGGAAGGCGUAUGGAGGCGCAGGGGAAAGUCGACGGGCAAUGAGAAGAGAAUGUAAGGCGACGAUGAAGAAUCAGCGACGACCUUAGCUCAAAAUUUCGUGUCUCCGGUCGGUAUAAAUACGCCAGCAGGAAAUGCAGCGAGAUAAGUUUAGUACCGAAUAACGAUAUGAUUAGGACCUCUAGACGGUGAUAACAUACGCAUUUACAAUAUCUCACGAACGAGUUAUGAUACAAUAUCCACGCGAGCCUAUUAUACACUUGAUUCCAAACUCCAUUCAGAUCCUCUCUUACCUCCGCGACAGACUCCCGAUGCAUUGAUGCUCAGAGUAGAUCAUUCGUCCCAAGCUGCUGAACGAAAUCUUGCCAAGUCGAAUCC